UUGUUAGUCACUAUUUUGCAACUAUAUGUCCUAAGGUAGUUGCACUUUAGUAGCAUAAUUUGACUGAUAAAAAAUUAAUAAUAAUUUAAGAGGUUGUUUCUGAUUGGUUAAUUCACAAAGGGAAGGAUUGACCUUUGUUAGUUAUCCACCGUUGAUAUCAGUAAAACUAAUGGUCACGAUUUAAUCAAGUUUUAAAAUUUUCUACUUCUUCUUUUCUUUCUCUUCUCUGCUUUGUGCUUUCUCAUCGUUAGUUUCAAAGAUUGAAUUUUCUCAGGCUUUCUCUUCGUCUUCCUUUUAUCUGCUCUCCCAUCAUCGCUACUUUUUUUCUUUUUCUUCUUUCAUUUCUCUUGGUAUUCUUUUUUUCUCUUCAUCUUAUUAUACAAUUUCUAACUGGUUUUUUUGUUUUGUUUACAGAUCUGAGAAGAAGUAGCAGUGAUGAAACGGGGAGGAGAAAUUGUGGCGUGACGCAGAAGACGUGCCGGUGGUGGUUGUGACGUAACAGAUCGGAUCGGAACGGCCGAGUCCGUGUGUACCAGACCAACACUGGUCGCUCCACAACCAGAUUCUGUCGUCGCUUCAGAUGGAAUCACUCCGAGUCUACGUGGUGCCUCGUCGUUGUGCCGAAGCCGGUGGAGAAUGCGGUGGCGGAACCCGUGCAGUGGAUGAACUCAUAGAGAUGAUGAUGGUGUAUUUUUGUAUAUAUAUAUAUAUAUAUAUGUAUUUAUCUCUGUAAUUUAACUUUUAAAUUAAUAUGAAAUUAAUAUUUAAAUUUGAAUUCGGAACUAAUAUUUAAUAAAUUAAGAGUUUAUUAACCACUAAAUUUUUGAUACUAAUUCGUAAAGAUAUCAAUAAUGUAGUUGUUAAAUAGUCAUAAAUCUUUAUGACUAAUUUGUAACUAACUAUCAAGAUAGUAGUCACCAAUUAGUUGCUAGCUUUAGCCACUAACUUCUAACUAAAUAAUAUUCUGGAAGAAAAAUACUUAUAAUUACAAAAGUUGUAAACUAGUUGCAAAUUAGAAAAGAGACUAAAUAGCAACUACAGUUUUAUGACGAAAGUAUGACUAAAAGGUGUGGUGUUAAAUUUUGUGCAACCGUAGCUUUAGUCACAAGUUAGUUGCUAAUAUGCCACUAGUUGUAUAGUUAUACUAUAGUCGCUCUUUCACAACUAAUUUGCAACUAUCCUUUUUUGCGACGAGCUUUUUCUAACUAUAUAUAAUAGUUGCGAAAUAGUUGCAUUUUCUUCAUUUGCAACUAUCUUAUAACUAUUCUUGUUGUAGCAAUAUUGAUGUUUUCUUGUAGUGAAACUCACAUAAACAUUCGACCAAAAAAAAAAUUUCACAGAAGCAUGAAUACAUCUUCCAUGGUGGUUCAUUGAAACAUUAAAAAUAUGUACCAUGAUACUCACGUUUAAGACUUUAGUGUAGGUUAUUAGAGGAAUAUCGUACUUACGUAAUGUAGAAAAUAAUAAUCAUAACACAGCACGUAGUUUUAGAUGGGUGUGUUGACCAAUUCUAAUCGAGCAUAGAUUUUGGUUAAUAUAAUAGGAUUAAAUUAUUAAUAUUUGGUUGUAUAUAAUAGGUUGGACCAAAAUAAAAAAGUCCAAACGACCUUUUUAAGUAGAUUUAUUAAAACUAUUUCCCUUUUAAUAGUAUUGAUUUCUUUAUCGGAUUUAAUGGUAAUGAAAACAUGAUUAACGAUUAUUAAGUUAAUAAUUGGACUUGUGAGAUUACUUGAGAGAGACGCUAGGGUAAGAGACACGUCGUUUUCGAGAAAUGAUGAAACGGGUGUUGCAUUAUAGAUAAACUAAUGUGAUCUCCUGAUUUAUGUCAGAAUUAGAUGAUCAUGUAGUCUAUUUCAAGGCGUGUAUAUCUAUUUUUGGCACAAAAGGAAAAUGAAAGAUCAGAAAGUGUUGAACCUAUCAACAAUACCCGUUAACCUCUCCCUCUCCCUCAAAUUUCUCUUCCAUUUGUACUUGUAUGCUUUUUGACCUCGUUUAUUUUGUUUGAAUUUUUUUAUUACAAUAUUUUACCAAGUUAGGGGUUUUGUGAAACUGUGUCAUGCCCUUGAUUCUUCUUCAUAGUUAAGAUCAUUCGUUGCCUUUAAAUCAUCACGCUAUUGAUAAAAAUGGACAGUGGAGAAUUAAGUAGGGUAUUCCAAAUAUUUGACAAGAAUGGAGACGGGAAGAUCGCAAAGAACGAGCUGAGGGAGUUCUUUAAAAGUGUGGGUAUUCUCAUCCCUGAAAAAGAGAUUAAUGAGAUGAUAGCAAAGAUGGAUGUGAAUGGAGACGGAUUCAUGGAUAUAGAUGAGUUUGGAUCAUUGUAUCAAGAAAUGAUGGAAGAGAACGAGGAGGAAGAGGACAUGCGAGAGGCAUUCCGUGUAUUCGAUCAGAACGGUGAUGGGUUUAUCACAGGUGAAGAACUGAGGUCGGUUCUUGCAUCGAUGGGUUUGAAACAAGGAAGAACACUUGAAGAUUGCAAGAAGAUGAUUAGUAAAGUUGACGUUGAUGGAGAUGGUAUGGUUAACUUUAAGGAGUUUAAGCAAAUGAUGAGAGGUGGUGGAUUUGCCGCUCUUAGCUCCAGUUAAACGUUCCUUGUAUUUUCCUUCUGUUUCCGCUCACAAUAUUUUGUGAUAUUUAUCAAAAAACGUUUUGAAUUUUCGUAAUGAACACUAGAUUUUGCAAAAAGAAGUAAGAUUAACGAGGUUGUAUUUAAUCAAGCAACUGAGGAUUUGUGUUAAAAUGAUUGUUGUCUCCUA